AUGGAAAAAUCGUUAGAUUUAAGUAACUUUAAUAAAAAUGAUAGGGAGAAGAUAUUGAGAAAAAUAAAUAAAGCAGAAUAUGAAGAUACAAUGAGCACAUAUAAUUCAAUUGUAGAAAGAUGUUUUAACGAAUGUAUUACAUCAUUUAGGUCAAAACAGCUAGAUAAUAAUGAAAAUAAUUGUAUAUUAACAUGUGUUAAAAAGUUUUCAAUUUUUUCCCAAAGAAUUGGUAUGAAAUUUACUCAAAAUUUAAAUAAUGAAAUGCAGAAAAAAAGUUAA